CGCUCUCCCGCUCUCAAGCCAUUGGUCGACUUGCGCGCGUGGAAGACAAACCUGACUCCCGGGUGAGAGAAUCUAGUGCGAGAGACGAUGGCUUCAAAGUGUCCCAAAUGCGAAAAGACUGUAUAUUUUGCUGAGAAAGUGUCAUCAUUGGGGAAAGAUUGGCACAAGUUCUGUUUGAAGUGUGAGCGCUGCAGUAAGACCCUCACCGCGGGUGGCCAUGCUGAGCAUGAUGGGAAACCAUACUGCCACAAGCCGUGCUAUGCUGCCCUCUUUGGGCCAAAAGGUGUGAACAUUGGGGGUGCAGGCUCAUACGUGUAUGAGGCUCCCGCCAACCCCUCCCCACCAGCAUCCACCGUCGACUCUGCACCCAAACCUCAGGAGAUGGGUCCCGCCUCUUCAAGACCACCAUCUAAAGCUGGAAGCAUCACCACCUUCUCUGGGGAAGCCAACUUGUGUCCCAGAUGCAACAAGAAGGUCUAUUUCGCCGAGAAGGUGACGUCACUGGGGAAGGACUGGCAUCGUCCAUGUCUGCGUUGUGAGAGAUGCAGUAAGACCCUGGCAGCUGGCAGUCACGCAGAGCACGAUGGUCAGCCCUACUGCCAUAAACCAUGUUAUGCUGUCCUCUUCGGCCCAAAAGGUGUAAACACUGGUGGUGUUGGCAGCUAUAUCUAUGACAAGGAGCCCAACACAGAGGCCCAGCCUUGAUUUUCAACCCUUGGGAAGCCCAACUUUACUAUAAUAACAGCCACUACCAGUACCUCACGCACUUUCACAUAUGCCCCACUUUUUGCCUUAUUAUGGAUAACCUUGUGCCAGCCUGGACCUUUUUCAGAAAAGUGAUGCCAUGUACUACAAUCAUGUCUUGAGCUCCAGCUGCACCACUGACCUCUUGGCCUCUUCUUUUUGGCCCAUUUGAUACUCCUCUACGCCAAUUGCAAUUAUCCCCAACGAGUGGAAAAUCUGAACUGGUUAGUCAUUUCUGAUUUGUCCUAUGAUUUAUGUCAAGGUAAUUUAUUUAAUUGUAUACAGUAUCUUUGUUUGUAUCAUGACUAAAUCGCUGUAUUGCAGCUCCUCGACAAAGGAAAAACUUAGAACCCUACUUCCACAAUACUGCAUGUACAGUAGGAUGUUUGUGUAAUGCGUGUUCUAGUAGCAGAUAAAAACAACAGAAGUUCGUUGAGGGAGUUUUGUUUUAUGAAGAAGAGCCAGGCUGUUUGAAAUGCCUGCCGACGGAGAGAUGAAUCUCGCCUUAGAGGUUUCAUGCAGGUGCGUUCGGGAGCACAUCAUCAUAAAUCAGAAAAAUAUUCCCAAACCCACAUUUACUUUUUGGCCAUAUGGCAGCAUUCUUACGUUGAAACAUUUUAAGAGAAGGUCUGCAGGACGUAUGCAGACAGUAAAGUGAAACGGCCAAGCUCUUAUUUUUAAAAGGGAGGAUAGAUUCUGCUCCCAGAGGACCACUGUCCUGCAGAGUUUAGCUUCAGCGCUAAUUAAGUACACCUGAACCAGCUAAUCGGGGUCUUGCAGAUUAUUUGAAACUUCCAGGCUGGUGUGUUGGGACAGGAUGGAGCUAAAAUCUGCACGGGCCCUCCAGGAGCACUUCUGGAUACCUCCUUGAUUUAUGGGGUAGGUAGUUGAAGUCCACUGGGACAGAUGGGAACAGGGGUGUAUGUGAUUGGUGCUUGGUGACCAAGUAGCUGCAGCUAAUAUUUCUGAUGCCAAUCUAGUACCGUUAUAUGACGGAUUAAAGAAAAGAUACAAGCUUUUGUAUUGUUUGUGAUUUUGAAUCUUUUAAACGAACCCCAGUUUCACAAAGUGUUGUAACUGAAGUAUUAUGUCUACCAUUAGUUCUUUAGUUUGUAGUGAAUUUGACUGCAUUCUCUCUGAAUGUGCAUUCAUACUUUAUGACUGUUAUAUAUAUAUAUUUUUUGCUGUAUCAGGCCUUUGUUCUUUUGAUAACUUUCUUAUGCAGAGUCUGCAUGUCAAGUCCUGCUGCUUCUGUGUGUUUAAUCCCAUAUUAAAGUUUACAUAAAACCUU